AUGGAGCUUCAGGUGGAGAACCAGAGUCAUGUGCCCGUGGACUCCAGCACCGUGUUGCCGCCUGCUACUCUCAUCCUGGGGAUGGGGGUAGACAACUUCAUCUCCCUGCUCAUAUUUGGACUGAUCUUCAUCCUGGGUGCGCUCGGGAACGCCACGGUCAUCACGGUGCUGGCGCGCAGCAAACCGGGUCAAUCGAGGAGCACGACCAACAUCUUCAUCCUGAACCUGAGCGUGGCGGACCUGUCCUACCUGCUCUUCUGCGUCCCCUUCCAGUCCACCAUCUACAUGCUGCCCACAUGGGUGCUGGGCGCCUUCAUCUGCAAGUUCAUCCACUACUUCUUCACCGUGUCCAUGCUGGUGAGCAUCUUCACGCUGUCGGCGAUGUCCGUGGACCGCUACGUGGCCAUCGUGCACGCCAGGAAGUCGUCGAUCCGGGUGGCGCGGAACGCCAUGCUCGGCGUGGUGCUGAUCUGGACCCUGUCCCUGGUGAUGGCGGCUCCCGUAGCGCACUACCAGAGCAUCGUGGAGCGGGAGGACAACACCACGUUCUGCUGGGAGGUCUGGCCCAACCACCAGAGGAAGGUCUACGUGAUGUGCACCUUCGUGUUCGGAUACCUUCUGCCUCUCGCCCUCAUAUCUGUCUGCUAUGCAAAGGUUUUGAAAUAUCUGCAUAAAAAGCUGACAAACGUCUCCAAGAAAUCCGAGCUCGCCAAAAAGAAGACGGCACAGACAGUCCUGGUGGUGGUGGUGGUCUUCUGUCUGUCCUGGCUGCCCCACCACAUCGUGCACAUGUGGGUGGAGUUCGGCUCCUUCCCCCUGAACCAGGCGUCCUUCGUGUUCAGGAUGGUGGCCCACUGCCUGGCCUACAGCAACUCCUCCGUCAACCCCAUCAUCUACGCCUUCCUGUCGGAGAACUUCAGGAACUCCUACAGGCAGGUGUUCCGGUGCCGGGCGCCCAGCGAGUGUCCCCUGAACGACACCAGGGACCCCCGCAGCCGGUUGGAGCCGGUGCUGUCCACGAACAUCAGCGUGGCUUACAAAGGUCACGACUCUCAGAUCGGUAAAAUGCUUUGA